AGGAAUGAGAGAGAAAGAGAGGAACGAGAGAGAAAGAGGGGAACGAGAGAGAAAGAGGGGAGUGAUAGAGAAAGAGAGGAACGAGAGAGAAAGAGAGGAACGAGAGAGAAAGAGAGGAAUGAGAGAGAAAGAGGGGAACGAGAGAGAAAGAGGGGAACGAGAGAGAAAGAGAGGAACGAGAGAGAGAAAGAGAGGAACGAGUGAGAAAGAGAGGAAGAGAGAGAAAGAGAGGAACGAGAGAGAAAGAGGAGAGUGAUAGAGAAAGAGAGGAAUGAGAGAGAAAGAGGAGAACGAGAGAGAAAGAGGGGAACGAGAGAGAAAGAGAGGAACGAGAGAGAAAGAGAGGAACGAGAGAGAAAGAGGGGAACGAGAGAGAAAGAGGAGAGUGAGAGAGAAAGAGAGGAACAAGAGAAAGAGGAGAAGAAAGAGAGGAACGAGAGAGAAAGAGAGGAACGAGAGAGAAAGAGGGGAACGAGAGAGAAAGAGGGGAGUGAUAGAGAAAGAGAGGAACGAGAGAGAAAGAGGGGAACGAGAGAGAAAGAGGGGAGUGAUAGAGAAAGAGAGGAACGAGAGAGAGAAAGAGGGGAACGAGAGAGAAAGAGGAACGAGAGAGAAAGAGAGGAACGAGAGAGAGAAAGAGGGGAACGAGAGAGAAAGAGGGGAACGAGAGAGAAAGAGAGGAACGAGAGAGAAAGAGAGGAACGAGAGAGAAAGAGAGGAACGAGAGAGAAAGAGGGGAGUGAUAGAGAAAGAGAGGAACGAGAGAGAAAGAGGGGAACGAGAGAGAAAGAGGGGAGUGAUAGAGAAAGAGAGGAACGAGAGAGAAAGAGGGGAACGAGAGAGAAAGAGGGGAGUGAUAGAGAAAGAGAGGAACGAGAGAGAGAAAGAGGGGAACGAGAGAGAAAGAGGAACGAGAGAGAAAGAGAGGAACGAGAGAGAGAAAGAGGGGAA